AUGAGGCAUUCAGCAGACCAGAUCCAUCAGAUAAGUCUCCGGCUGGAGGGAAUGAAAAAAUGUAUCCCCUCUACCUUCGCACGGAAACCACGCCCCUUGACAGAUGUGGACUGGUGGAAAGCCACAGAAUAUAGACAAUUCCUGCUCUAUACAGGGAAAAUAGCCUUGCAUCGAAUUCUUAGGCAGGACUCGUAUGAUCAUUUCAUGACUCUGAGUGUUGCCCUUUCCAUCCUUGUGAGUCCUGAGCUUGCUCAAACUCACAGAGGCUAUGCCAAUGAACUGCUUGUGCACUUCGUUUCACAGGGCCGCAAGUUAUACGGCAACGAGUUCCUUGUAUACAAUGUGCACUCUCUGCUUCAUCUAGCUGAUGAAGUGAAGGAGCAUGGAUAUUUAGAUGCCUGUUCAGCUUUUCCGUUUGAAAACUACAUGCAUGAGCUCAAAAAGCUUGUAAGAUCAGGAAGAAGGCCAAUGGCACAAAUUGUCAAAAGACUAAGUGAAAGGAGUACAAAGCCAGAACUAGCAGUGAAGGGCAACCCAACAGUAUCAACAAAGUCACCAAACAAUGCCUUCGUACUGCCUAAUCAUUCAUGCUGCGAGGUGAUUCAUGCUGUCAACAUGCCUGAGGACUCUUUCAUGUGUCGAGUGUACGAACAUUCUGAAGCCGUCUUCACUGAGCCAUGUGAUUCUCGCAUCAUUGGGGUGUAUAGUGUGCAUAGGAGAAAUGCACACAUGAGAGUUGUUUCUGCAGAACGCUUGACCAUGCGUGCUAUCAGAAUGUACGUUGUGGUGGAGUUCCUGAGCGAACGUGGUGCAGUUUCUGUUGUGCCAGUGAUCUGGACAGGCACAGAAGCUGAGGGUCAUUUCUGCUACUGGCCACCCGGCUCAGUAGCAAGCUGCUCGAGUAGAGUCCGGCAAUGUGAGCAACCUGACAAGCAAUGCUGGAAAAGGGUGCCAGUCAGGAUCUUUGCGAACACCUUUACUGAUGAAGAUGAUGAGCUACCAACACCAAAGAAGAGAAUGAAAGAGGACUAUGUUGUCCCCAUGCCCAAUCCUCCUGUUUUUGAUGGGGCAACCACUUCUUCCCGCCGCUCAUCUGCCAACAGGAUCAGGCAGAGCACAUUGGGGUCACAGAGGACCAGGCAGUCACGCUCACCAACCCCCCCGAGGCAGAGCACAUCAGGGAUCAGACCUGGCACAGGCAUCGACGAUCAUGGUCUGACAGUCAGUUCUGUUGCCAGUAAGGUGGAUAAGAUCAUUAUUGCAAUCAUUUCUCAUCUCUUUCUUGUUUCAGGUGUUACUUUAUGGGAUGCGGAAGCAGUGAAUAAACACAUUGAUGUGCAUCAGCAGCCUAAAACACAUCUGAAGUUUACUGCCUCGGACACCCUCAGUGAAAAGGCCAAGCUCCUGGAUAUAAACGCUUCCCUUAAAGCCAGUUUCUUCUCUGGUUUGGUGGAGGUUGGAGGAUCAGCCAAGUACCUGAAUGAUACCAAGUCCUCAACACAUCAGAGCAGAGUUACUAUGCAGUACAGCCAGACAACAGAAUUUAAACAACUCACCAUGAAGAACCUUGGCAAUAUCACCUAUCCACAAGUAUUUGACCAGAAAACAGCCACUCAUGUAGUUACAGCUGUAUUGUAUGGAGCUCAGGCUUUCAUGGUGUUUGAUCAUACAGCUGCAGAAAAUGAGUGCAAACAGGUUGUUGAAGGAAACCUUCAUGCAGUGGUCAAGAAGAUCCCGACCAUUUCCAUUGAGGGGGAAGCAUCCCUAAAGAUGACUGAAGAGGAAAAAACACUGUCUGAGAAUAUCAGCGUCACAUUUUAUGGUGACGUAGCACUUGAAGAAAACCCAACCACAUACAAGGAAGCCCUGGAGGUGUACAAGAAGUUACCCACUUUGAUGAAGAAAGAAAACUAUAAAGGUGGACCACUGACUGUGUGGCUGUAUCCUCUCAUGCUUUUGGAUGAUAAGGCUGCAAGGUUGAUGAGAGAAAUCAGCAUGGACCUGGUGAAUAAAACCGAGAAUCUGCUGGAGGAGUUUGGAGAAGUGGAGAGAAGAUGCAAUGAUUUGUUCAAAAACCAAAUGACAGAUGAUUUCUCUGAUGUAAAAGACAUGUUGUUGAAAUUUGGGGACUUACACAGUUGUUAUAAGACAAUGUUCCAGAAGGCAUUGUCCAGAGUUUUGCCAGCUAUUCGGGGUGGGACACAAGAGGGCAAGGCACUAGAGGACAUCCUGAACUUCCAUGGCACAUCACCCUUCAAUGCUAGGAAUGUGAACAAAUGGCUAGACAACAUUACAACUGAAUUAAACAUAUUGAGUUCUUAUACCAGUGGGCUGAAGAACCUGACAGUUGUGAACUCACCAGUGACACUCUGUUCCAUCCUCUUUGAUCCUGAGAAUGAUGUGGUGGUGUGUUUGUCUUUUACAUCUCUAAAGUAUGAAGACUCCUACCUUGCAGCUCUCCAAGACUUUAAGAGCUCUGAAGGAUUUAGAAAGUUUGAGCAAACAAGCGAGAGAAUUUUCUCUUGUCAAAGCAUGAGGCAGAUUCUUUCUCUCUUUACAAGUUUUUCAAAGGCCAAUAAAAAUGAGAAGGGAAUCAAGUUCAUCACUGCCUCCAUCUCUGACCCCAGCAAUCCAGGAAACUCCAUCCGACUUUAUCAGAAAGGCCGUCUGACAGAUCCUAAGUUCCAGCCUGUAUCCAAACCUCCUCUACCUGUGGUGGAGACCAGUGAUGGGAAAAUGAUCCUAAAGCUUUCAAAAUCCCCGACCGGAAAGACGGUUCAGUUUAGAGUUGAGUACAGGAUAACACCUCCAACUGAUUCAGCAGAGGAUGCUGAUGAAUGGACAGUCACAGACACUUCAGAUGCACAGCCCAGCUUUACACUGACUGGACUAAAGCCAGCAAACCAAUACUGGGUUCAGUACAGAGCUGUUAGUGAUGUGGGAGUGAGUGAAGCCAGCGACUCUGUCUCCUUCACCUUUCAUGGGAAUCUUGAGGUCACACGCAUCCCUUAUAUUGACACAAUUCCUGGAGGGCUGAAAGCAGAAAUGGCUUUCUUUACUAUUAAUCUCCAAAUCAAGCCACAUGACGUCGCUUUUCACCUCGAGUUUCGUAUCGGUGACUCAGUGGUUCGUAACAGCUUCAGGAAUGGGAAGUGGGAGAAUGAAGAACGCACAUCAUGGUGUCCUGUUUCUAAAGGAUCAGCCUUUGAUAUCUUUGUUGUGACCAAAGCAGAAGGCUAUGAGGUACAGUGA